UAUGCCUACUUUUAUUGUCUUCGAAAAAGGCCGCGUUGUGAACACCGUGCAGGGCGCGAACCCCCAGAAACUUAACGAGGUGGUGCGCAAACUGGCCUCGGAAGCCAGCAAGGCAGGGCCUGACGGCGGGGAGGGUGCGUCCGGCGAGGGAGGGGAGGGAUGGCUCGGGGCGGCGGUGCCCAAGGGAUACAGCGAUAUUACGGACCAGGUGAACGUGAAGGGGCUAGAGCUGCUGAACCGCGACGCCGGGUUUGGAGACGUGCGGGUGCUGUUUGACACAACGAAGCCGUCCGCGCUGCUGAACGGGAAAAAUGGCAAGGGCAAGGCCGUGACCGACUGGGUCGAGAGUGACACGGACGAGCAGCUGAUGCUGUAUAUUCCGCUGCAAUCUACGUCCAAGGUGCAUUCGCUACACAUCACCUCCUUGCCUCCCUCUUCCUCGGAGGGCGAUGAUGACGAUGACGACGACGACGACGAAACCCCCCUCCGGCCGCAGACGAUUCAACUCUACACGAACCGGACACACGUGCUUAGUUUCGACGAUGCAGAAGAUAUCCCUGCCGUGCAGACGGUGACGCUGCAGGCGGGCGACUGGGAUGCAAAGACAGGCACGGCCAAGGUGGACCUGCGGUUCGUCAAGUUCCAGAACGUGAGCUCGUUGGUUGUGUUUUUCGUCGACGGCGACGGCGACGGCGAGAAAAUCCGCGUCGACCGCGUGCGCAUUCUGGGCGAAGCGGGCGAGAAGCGAGAGAUGGGCAAGUUGCAGAAGAUUGGCGACGAGCAGGGAGAGUAGAAUCCUACUAUCCUAGCUAGUACAAUACACAAUCUCUAACUCUCUCUUUUCCGUGUGAUUACGAGCUACGAGUAUCCAAGCAAAAAUAGUGAUUUUGUUGAGUGUCCGAUCCCAAACCAAUGGCCUCAUCCGUAGAAAAAAAGAAGAAAGGCCAAAAAAGUAGAACCGGCGUGCAAUUUUCAUUCGUCUGUGACGCAACUGACACCUGGUAACAUCAUGAAUUAUCAUCUCUCGAAUGAGAGACGAAGAGGAUGUCCAAGCAACACGGGUGAAAUAAUAGUUGCGUCGCCGCA